UGAUGUUCAGUUACACGACAUGGUUAUGGCUUUGCUGGAACUUCUUUGCACUUUUUGGAGUAAAUGAAAGUGUUCACUUGCAGCGAGAUAGAGUGACUCCCGGGCUGGAGGAAGGGGCUGCACACACACACACACACACACACACACACACACACACACACACACACACACACACACACACACACACACACACACCAUGUUCAUCUACAGCCUGGAUUUCAGGAAUACUAAGUAUGGAAGGUAAAGUGCAUUCAAGACUGCUUACUUUUCAGCCUCAGCUUUACUUGCUGUUUAUGAACUGUCGGGUUCCAUCCAGCAAAAGAUAUCAACCAACCGAGUACGAACAUGCAGCCAACUGUGCUACACAUGGAUUUUGGAUUAUUCCCAGUAUCGUGGGCAGUUCGCUGCUGUACUUGCUGUCCGAUGAUGAAUGGGAAAGCAUCACAGCGUGGCUGUAUGGCACCGGGCUGUCGGGUUUGUUCAUCAUGUCCACCAUGUUCCACACUGUCAGCUGGAAGAAGAGUCAUUUGCAGACUGUAGAGCAACGCUUCCACAUGUGUGAUAGGAUGGUGAUUUAUUUCUUCAUCGCUGCCUCUUAUGCCCCCUGGCUGAACUUGAGAGAGCUCGGCCCCUGGGCGGCACACAUGCGCUGGCUGGUGUGGAUCAUGGCCUGUGUGGGCUCAGCUUAUGUCUUCUUCUUCCACGAAAAGAAUAAGAUACUGGACCUGAUUUGCUACACUGUUAUGGGAGCUGUUCCUGCAUUUGUGCUUCUGUCAAUGCCGAACAGGGAAGGCGUGCUGGAGUUAUCAAUGGGUGGAGUCUUUUACUGCUUUGGUGUGGUUUUCUUCAAGAGUGACGGCCUUGUACCUUUCGCUCACGCCAUCUGGCACAUUUUCGUGGCUAUAGGAGCAACUAUCCACUAUUACGCUAUCUGGAAGUAUCUGUAUGCGACAGGGAGCAGCCACGUGAGGUGACACGCAAAGCUGCUGAUGAACAUCAUGCCAUGAAGCCACCACAUGUCGUGUGUUAAAUCGGAAGUGUCCGAUCUUAUCCAGAAAGAUUUGAUGUGGCUGCAGGUCUUCAUUCCAACCAAGCAAAAGCCACAUCUGAAUAUAUUGCACCAGGUAUUAACCUGAGGUUCGCAGAAAACAAAUUAAUAAAAUACUAUCUCACAGCACCACCUUAAAGCAAUUUGCGGUGUAUAGUCAUCAUGGCUAGACUGCUGAUUAGACAUAGAGAGAUUUCAUGCUGAGAACAAGUCCAAGUAUUGAGUCAGACUCAUCCAGAUUGAGGCAUAUGGAGGAUUUUCAUUCUUAAGUAAAAGUAACUUGAACUUUUACUUGAACUUUUACUUCAUUCAAGUAAAAGCAGCUCACACUCACAAAAAAGGUGAGAAACCAUAAAGGUCUGUUAAAAGCUGAGAUCAUCCGAUCAAACAGGUGGAAUCAGAUGCAGCUCCUGCUUGACAGGACCGAAAUCCCGCACUCACGCCGCCUCUGUGCAGAUUAGAUCGGACGCCUUCCUUCAUAAACCUAUUCAGGAUUUACUGUCAGUCAUUUCGUUGAUGUCCUCAACACACCUGUAGGUUGUAUUCUACUGCAGAAAAUAUAUUUUUCUAAUAUACAGAAAGAAUUUUUAUUUAAAAGUGAAAAUUCAUUUAUUUUCCAAGAAAUUCAAGGAAAGGAAAAUAAAUGUAUAUUUAGGGAUUGAGAAUCUACUUAGACUAGUCUAAUUGUUAAUUUAUUAAAAGCACAAUGUGAUUUACGUUGUGCUACACAGCAUUUAGCUGUUUUGCACAAGGAAGGUGCUUUGGAUGUCUAUAGUGUUUGUCCUUUACUGCUGCUGAAUUAUAAGAAUGAUUAAAAAAAAACAAAAAAAACGCAUUGUGUGUGUGUG